AUGUCCUUGUUCAACCGCAGGUGGGUAUGGAGCAACCAGAUAUCGGAGCCUCCACAAGGCGGGUCUGGCAAGCACACGGAGUAUGAUUACGGAGCCAUUGCUCCUAGUCCCGUCGUCAGCGGCUCGGAUUUUUCCCUGACAUACUCGGGCGGAAGCAGCGGUAUCUCUGGCAUAGUGGUCCAAGAUACGGUCAGCGUUGCCGGCGUUGGGGUCUCUAUGCAAUUUGGUGCUGCACAAGUCGUACCAGGGGACUGGUUCUACAGCGACGGGCUUCUAGCCUUGGGAUGGUCACCCGGGAAUUCGAUCACAAAUAAGCCACCGACGUUCAUCGAGCUUAUUCAACACGGCCUAGAUGCCCCCAUCUUUACAACGCUCUUCGACUUGACCAAUGCUGGAGGUACCCUUGGUUUUGGCGCGGUCGACCCAACAUACAGCUCUAGUCUGAAAAAGUUGGCCGUUGACAACUCAACUAGUUCCCUCUGGCUCGUCAACAACCUCAGCUUUACCGUGAGGGGUAAGACAUACCCGCAAGACACUAUGUUUUUCGAUCUCGGCAGUCCAACCAUCGCCAUACAAAACGACACCGUCAACGCGUACUGGCAGUCUAUUCCCAACGCCGUCCGUAUAAAUGGCACGAAUUGGGCGAUGCCGUGCUCCGCCAAGCUCCCUGACCUUCACUUCACCAGUCCCCUGAACGGUCAGUACCAACAUGUGAUUCCAGGCUCGAGUUUCACGGGCGCGCUCGCCUACAACGUGCCGGUCCUUGAAGUCGAAGUUCCGAUGUGUUACGGAGGUCUCGUGGCCCAGUCUUGCCCGUCAGGUUGCGCGGUGAUGGGCGCGCCGUUCUUCGGGACCCACUAUGUGGUGUGGAAUAUUGCCGAGCCCAGUGUCAGCUUUGCGCUGCGGGAGGGAGUUCAGCUGGGUAUUGCUGCAUAG